AUGGGUUAUGAGACAACCAUGGGCCCAAUGUUUGGAUACAUUAGAGUGGUUCUAUUGGACAAGAGUUGGCCCAAAAGUUUGAUAGCUUCAGGUGUUGGGAAGGUGGAUUUUGGGACAACUUACAAGACCAAAUUGGAGCUGAAGGGUAUAAAGAAAACUGUGGCUGUGAAGAGGUUGAAGUUUGAUAAAUUACCUGAAUUGAAAUUUAGAGACAAGAUUGAAGAGUUAGGAAAGAUGGCUCGUGAAAAUCUGCUUUCUGUCAGGGCUUAUUCCUGUGCAGACAAUGAAAGACUUCUUAUCUAUGAUUAUGUGUUUAUGGGAAGCUUGGCUUCUUUCCUGCAUGAUACACUAUCUGAUUAUGUAAGGGAUGCAUUUUUAUAUGCUUUCUGUUAUGCUUCUCAGGAACUGGAGUUGCAGCUAAGACUCCCCUUAAUUGGGAAGAAAGAUGUACCAUUGCUUAUGGGGUUGCUCAUGCAUUUGCCUACAUUCAUGCGCGAGGAUCUAAUCUGCAAAGCAAAUCUGAUAGAAUGUUACCGUGCAUCAGAGGUGAUUAGCUUUGGCCUCCAUGAAGUUUCUCAAAAGUCUGAUGUGCGCAGCUUUGGAGUCCUACUGUUGGAGUUGCUCGCAGGCAAGGAUCCUUUAGGUGUCCUUCCUCAAGGUUUAGACUUACCUAAUUGGGUAAGGUCAAUGUUUCUGGAAAAACCCAUUAAGGAUGUGUUUGAUGCUUUGUUACAAGAAUAUGAUUGCUUUGGGGAACAAAUGGUUCAACUGUUACAACUUGCAGAUUGCUGCACUUUCGAAGAUCCUAGUAAAAGGGCUUCAAUGCCUGCGGUUGCUAAUCAAAUUAAACACGUCUCUAGAUUUGAAUAA